AUGCCUGUCGCCGGCACCAUUCCCUUACACUGCAAUAUCUGCCCGAAGAAACCAAACUUCAGCGAUGUCUCGCACCUCCUCACCCACAUAGCCAGCAAAGGCCAUCUCUCUCACUACUACAAAGUCAAGGUCCGUUCCAGCUCCGAAGACGCGUCUCGCCGCCUGAUUGAGGCCUACGACCGGUGGUACUCAGAGUGGAACGUCGAGCACCUCAUGUCAGACCGCAUGAGCCAGAAGGAUAAGAAACGCACCCGAGCCCGCCCAUCUACUGCACCACAGCGCUCGAAUCGGCCACGCUCUGGACUCAAUUCCCUCGACCCUCGCCUGUCCGAGAAUACCAUCAAGAUUGAAGAUCACACCCCCACUCCUCCUCCCAUGCUCGACCAGGCUAGCCGUCACCGGUCAUUCGCUCCCCGAAUGCAACUCUGGCCGCCGUCCCGCUCGCUAUCCCGACGCUAUGCAAGCCCUGACUACGACGAUGAUGACAGCAUCUCAGAGCCUGUUGGCCGACGUGCCUACUACUAUGGGCUUAACGAGUCUGCUAUCGUGGAUGAUGAUACCACAACCGUCACCACAGAGGAGAGCACGAUCAGCGAGUGCACAAAGCUGAAGGGUGUGUAUUGGCCAGGUAUGGACAUCUUUGACUCCGCCACCCCAGAGAUGAGACGGAAGAGAAACCAGAAGAAGGACAGCUCUGUGCUGGAGCAACUUGAGAUCAACUCCAAGGAGGUUGAGCCUACGGAAAUCAUCUUCACACCCCAAGGUACCUUCAAGAAGCAACGAAGAAUCUCUGGCUCAAGCUUCGAAGAGAGUAGUCCCAUCAAGCUUGAGGACUCUCCAAAGCGGACCUUCAUUCCCCGCCCGGUUCUCGCUGAAAUGGACACCAACCGUCCUCGACGCACUCGGCAGCAUACUCGCCAAGGCACAUUUCCAGGCGCCAUUCGCAACAACUACGAUGGUGCAAGCUCACAUCUUGACUUUGAGUACGGCGACUUUGGCCAGAAGAAGAAAAGCGGGUUCGACGUCUUCCAUGAUCAGGAGGUAACCUUCGCACACCCAGCGGGGUUCAACUACCUCACCUCCGAGUUCCACUACACACCACCAGCACCAUCUCCUGCCUUCUCGUUCAAGCCGCUUGCCAAUGCUUUCCAGUACGACAACAAGGAAAACGUGGACACACUACAUCACCAACCGGCGUUCUAUGGUGGCGGCCUUCCAUUCCCUCAACCUCACUUCCACCACGCCCCUUCCGGACACGAUCCGCAAGGCUUGUUCUACAACAGCAACCAAAUGAGCAACUACUUCAACGCCUACCACCCACAGGACGAAGAAGUCGACGACGAGCGGACCUUAACGGCCCCGCCAUCCCCGUGUCCGCAUUAG